CAUCGCGAGUCGCUACCAUCAUGAAUCGCUGGGAAAGAACGUUGUUUUUAGUAAUAAAAUGCUAAAAACUGGUGUAAUUAGUGAGAGAACUGGAUGAAAAGGAAUUGUAAGAUAUUGUUAGGAGCGCACAGUAGUACGGCUGCCCGUUAUUAUAUCCGAUUGUGUUCUACAGCUCACCACGUGAUGUCAUCAGUGAGAGUUUAAAAUCAGCGACGGUAGAAACUGUGGACUACGUGCACUCGUUCGGUCGUUGUAUUCUACAUCACAUUGCUGCACUCGGCUACACUCAACAACUGAGAGCAGCACUCAGGAUUUCUGCAGGCAAUGUGAAUAGGCAAGACAUGGACGGCAAUACUCCACUUCACAAGUUGUUAGGAGCUAACCAUUCAUACCGAGAUCACACAGAUGCAACACGUUAUUUAUUAACGAAUGGAGCAGAUGCCAAGAUAAAAAAUAUGGUAAAGUAGAUAAAUGACGAAGAUGAUUAUUAUUAUUAUUAUUAUUAGUAUUAUUAUGGCCUAUUAUUAUUAUUAUUAAUAUUAAUAAUAUUUUGAUAAUAAUGAUGGUGAUAAGGAGCAUACUAAAAUGAUUGAUGGCAACCAUAAUGUCGAUAUGGUAGUGGUGACUAAUGAUAUUAGGAUUUCGGCCUAUACACUCAGGCGAAAUGUUUAUUGAUUUUCAUCAGCGUUUUAUUGUUAACAUGAAUCUCUACAAGAUGCAAAUGUAGAAUUAAAGAUUAAUUAAAUUGAUAUGUAAAUUUAUUCAAUUCAGUUGUUUGUUUUUUAUUUGUGUAACAUUUGUUGAAGCUUUAAUGUAAUUGUUUUUCUUGAUUAAUAUUAAUUAAUUUCAUGAAGUAUGUUUUUCUUGAUUAAUAUUAAUUAAUUUCAUGAGGUAUGAUAUGUGAUUGUAGUUGCAGCGUGGUCAAACUCCAGCUGACAUGUAUGUGCACAACACAUGUAGGAAGUACGAUUCUAGAAACAGAAAAGAACAGAAAGAAAUGCUUAUGCGUCUCUUACAAACGGGGAAUGUUCCAAUGGAAAUCUUGGCGCGUGGGCACGAAGCAAUGAAAGCUUUUAAUGAUGCUCUAGCUGAGGGAGAAGCAGAGGUUAAUCAAGGCAGGACAGUUUUUAUGGGCCUCGAGAGAGUCGGAAAAACAUCUACUAUCAAGUCAUUUUUAAGAAAUACUUUUGAUCCAAAUGAGAGUAUUACAGACGCAAUUGCCAACACAAAGGUGUGUACCCAUGAAAUACACGAUGAAUUGAAUUGGAAGGAAGCACCUCCUGAUCAUUCUGGUGCCAAUGACAUGUAUGAAGCAAAAAUGGCAGAUUCCAUAGCGAAAAAAAUAUUAGAAAAAGAAACGGACAAGAAUGUAGAAGUAACAAGAGAAAGCGUGUUAUCACCAGCUAAAGCCGAGACGAAAGAUAACCAGGGACAAUCAUCAUCGAAUUUUGACGCCAGAAACCCGAAAAUGGAAUCAGAUACCAAAGAGCAGACACAUACCCAUUCGAUGGAAGAGGUCCCCGAAACCAUCGCCACUAAAGUCCAGGAGCGAAUAAAAGAACUCAAGUUCACAAGGGGAGAUGCGACGCAAGAAUGGCAAAAAUCUGGCAACGAUUUCAUUAUGAGCAUCUGGGAUUUCGGGGGCCAGCCGAUAUAUCAUGUUAUGCAACGAACAGGUACUCACCUAGGCAGCCUCGAAGGGAAUGAAGAGGAACAGAAAAGAAAGGCCGAAGAAAUAUUCAAUAAAAUUCGGAAAGCAUUGGAAGGGAAACCUUAUGAAACAAUGGUGUCAAGUUUCUUUGCUAUUGAGAACAGCUUACCGUUCGCAAGGAGCAAUGCUUUUAAAAUUAUGAACCAGAUUUUAAAGUUUGCAAAGAGGAUGGUUAGGAAACUGCCUUUGAAAUGGCUGCUUGUUCAACAAGAAAUCCAGAAGUUGAAAGUGGAACAUAUCUAUUUACCAACCAAAGAGGUGAUUGCUUUGGUUGAGCGUUGUGGGGUCAAACAAGAUGCUCAAAGGGUGCUGCUUGAGUAUUUACACGACCUUGGUGAGAUUCUUUACUUUCCUGAUGACGAAGCCUUAAGGAAUAUUAUUGUUUUGGAUGUGAUGCAAUUAGUCGACAUGCUUAAAACAAUAAUCACCGUUAUUGAUCCAAAGUUAAUGGCUAAUAUAAAAGCAUAG